AAAAUGUUUUGCCUUAAAUUUGCAGAUAUUUCUAUGUAGUCGCGAUAAAAAAUGUCACAAAAGAGAGUCAACUGCCUUCUAACUUUAAAAACACAGACUUAGUGACUUAUUCUAAGGCCAUAUCUUCCACACAACCAAUGCCGUAUAUUGCUGCUGUAGUCUUUCGCAGAGACUUUAAGCCUGAUUUUACACUUGGUGUCGGUGAAACCACAACACGGCGUUCCAAUGGUGAAAAUUAUUAUAAUGGCCCGCUAAAGCCUGGCAGUAACUACAAAAUAUUUCAGCGCGUUUUCAUAAAUGAUCAGGGUGAUUAUUAUUCCACUGACUGGAGUCCAGUGGCAGCAACUGCCCAAAAGCACAAGUCAGAAAGACCCAUGACGGCAACUGCCCAAAGCACAGACAGUGGAAAAAUUGGAGCCAUUGCUGGUGCAGUUGUAGCUGCAAUUUUGCUCAUUAUUUUUGUCAUAUUGGUCAUUCUUUUUGUUAGGAUCAAUUCAAACUCUGCUACAGUGCAGUGAACUGCGUAUUGUAGUUAUUUGACGGCUACUAAAAGUUCUCAAAAAUGGGGGAAGUUGAAUUUUUUUCGCGAAAUUAUUAGACGUUUUCUGAAAUUUAACGUACUAUAGAAGAAUAUGAUUAAGCAUAGAAUUUUAUUUCCUUUUUAACUAUAAGAGUGAACGAGAGUGAAUGAUUCUGAAGAGUGUUUGAAAACAAUUUGGAACAUAACAUCAAAUUUUUAGGCUAAGGAUGUAGUCAAUAUUUGAAAUAGGAUAAUAGUUGUAAUACUUUUUAUCUAAGUACAUUAAAUAAGAAAUAAAGUUAAAUUACAAA